AUGAUGGUUGGAGAGAGCGACUCUAGGGUUCCGAAACCGAGUGAGCAGGAUGCAACCAUGUUGGAUGUGGGUGAUAGGGGACAACCCCCGGGGGAUCCUCCGGAUGGUCCGAGGUUCUGGGUGGAUAAGAUGGUGGGGAAUGGCUCUGGUGGGCUGCCGAAUCCGGAAUCACUUCUUGAUGACGGUUUUGUGAAGGAGCGGAUGUGUUUAGCGUUCCCGAAUGGGGAGGAUGGGGAGCCGGUGGUGACGAUAGGGCAGGAAGUAUUGGAUGUCAUGCAUGGGAUGUGGAAGCAGUGCAUGAUUGUCAAGGUGCUCGGACGGUCUGUCUUGGUUUUGCUGUUGAGUAGGCGGUUGCGUGAACUCUGGAAGCGAGUUGGUGCGAUGAAUGUCAUGGAUCUUCCCCGGCAGUUCUUUGUGAUACGAUUUGAGUUGGAGGCGGAGUACUUGGCAGCGCUAACGGGUGAUCCAUGGAAGGUAUUUGGUAGUUGUUUGCUGACAAGAGCUUGGUCCCCGGACUUUGAUCCUCUACAACACGAGAUCCAUACAACACCAGUGUGGAUCCGGUUGGCUAAUCUCCCGUUUAGUUUCUAUCAUCGUUCUAUCUUGAUGAGCAUAGCAGAAGGGUUAGGAAACCUGCUGAAGGUUGAUCUGACGACCCUACAGUUUGAUAGGGCUAGGUUCGCGCGGGUUUGUGUGGAGGUGAACCUAAAGCGACCACUUAAAGGAACGGUAAUGGUUAAUGGUGAGCGCUAUUACGUUUCCUAUGAGGGGUUAUCCACCAUUUGUUCGAAAUGUGGAAUAUAUGGCCAUUUGGUUCAUACAUGCCCUCAGCUGGCCCAUGAGAGGGCACUGGUUGCGGUGCCGGUUCGUGAAAUGGUUGCGGUGUCUUCCGUGAGUCCUUUGGAGGAUGGGUUCACGGUGGUUCGCCGGGGGCUAGGAAGUCGGCGCCGACGGUGGAUGCAGCUAAGGUGGCUCCGGGAAGUUCGAGUAGAGUCGCGGAGAGGAAUCUUCGGGAGAUCCCUAUUUGGGGUAAUAUCUGGGAAGGAAAGGGAAGUUGCUAAUUCUAUGGAAGAGGGUAAGGAAAAUGAGUGUGUCUCGGAUCCACUUAGAAAGGGAAAGAGUGUGGCACAAGGUAAGGAGAAUGGGGUGGAGCAAGGUAAGAAUACUUUGUUUGGAGGGAAAUUAAAUGACACAAACCAUGGGCCUAAGGAUAUGUUUAAAGAAAGUCGGGUUGGAUCCACUAAGGUUGGGGAGAAGAGUAGGCCAAAGAUUAUUGGGCCUAAAGCACGGGCUAAGCCCAAUAAACCCGCGAGAGGAUUAAUUUUUGGUCCAACCCGUGGGGAUGUAGAGUUAUCCGAGUUGGGGAAACGUUUACGUAUGGAGAAAUUUCCGGCCGACCGUUCAAAUGCGUCCUUUGUGAGUAGUCGAGAGGAUUCCGGUGUGUCGGUGAUCCAGGGAUCGUCGGGUAUUGAUGGAGCUGUGGUGCUGCACUCGGGUGUGGUGGGCAUGUCAGGGGAUGGGGAGAGUGGAGGGGAUAGGGCUCAACGCAUAUGUCAAAGCCUCGGUUUCGAGAAUGCAUUUAGAGUGGAUGCAGAUGGACAGAGUGGAGGUCUGUGGUUAUUGUGGAGAUCGGGUAUCGGUGUUGUGACGAUAGUGAACUCGUCUAGUCAGUUUAUACACGCGAAGUUAGUUGAUGGGAUGGAAGUGGUUCAUCUGAUUGCUGUUUAUGCAGCUCCAUCGGUAAGUCGUAGGAGUGGGUUAUGGGCUCAGCUGAAGGAGGAGAUUCAGGGAAUCACAGUGCCGUUGGUUGUUGGUGAUGACUUUAACACCAUUGCUCGUCUUGAUGAACGAACGGGAGGGAAUGGGCAGCUUUCUUCUGACUCUCUUGCAUUUGGUGAAUGGAUGAGUGAGUUGGCUUUGAUCGAUAUGGGGUUCACGGGAAACCAGUUUACUUGGAAAAGGGGACGUGUGGUGAACACCUUCAUUGCCAAGAGAUUGGAUCGGGUGCUUUUUUGUGCGCAUAAUAGAUUGAAAUGGCAAGAGGCUUCUGUUACUCAUCUCCCCUUUCUAUCUUCUGAUCAUGCACCUCCUUUUGUGCAGUUGUGUCCUGAAGUGAAGAGGGACCCACGGAGGAGGCCAUUUUGGUUUGAAGCUGCUUGGUUGUCUCACCCAGGCUUCAAGGAGUUGCUUACACGGUCUUGGGAUGUUAGUUUAUCCACGCCGCAGGCUUUACUAGGGUUGCGGGAUUCUUUAAAGAAAUGGAAUAAAGAAGUCUUUGGGGAUGUGCAACAGAGGAAAGGGAGAAUUCUGAAUGACCUUCAAGUAGUUCAGAACUCGCUAGAUGUACAGCAAUCUGAUGCUUUAUUGUAUGAGGAAGAGUGGUUGAUUAAGGAGUUUGAUGAGGUGCUUGAACAGGAAGAGCUAAUAUGGUUCCAGAAGUCGCGAGAGAAGUGGAUUGUCUGUGGUGAUAGGAAUACUAAAUAUUUUCACACUUCCACCAUUAUUCGACGGAGGAUGAAUCACAUUGUGUCGCUAAAGGAUGAUGCAGGACAAUGGAUCUCGGACAUGCGUAUCUUGGAGGAGAUGGCAGUGGAGCCUGUUGUUGAGACUCUUCCUUCGAAUGGUUUCACCUUACUUUCUCAGGAGGAAUUGCGUAUACUAAACAAGCCGUUCUUAAGUAGUGAUGUGGAGAAGGCUAUACGUUGUAUGGGGCGAUUUAAAGCGCCGGGUCCGGAUGGAUUCCAGCCUAUAUUCUAUCAGGAUUGUUGGGAGACUGUUGGAGGGUCCGUCACUGAGUUUGUGUUGAGAUUUUUCGAGAAUGGUGUGCUCCCUAAUGGUCUUAAUGAUGCAUUGGUGAUUUUGAUUGCCAAAGUGGGGAAGCAUGAGAGGAUAUCGCAAUUCCGGCCAAUCAGUUUGUGUAAUGUGUUGUUUAAAACAAUUACUAAAACAAUGGUCAUGAGAUUGAAGUCAGUUAUGCCGCAACUAAUCAGUCAUGCCCAAUCUAGUUUUAUCCCUGGUAGGUUGAGUGUGGAUAACAUUGUGGUGGUACAGGAAGUGGUACACUCAAUGAGGAGAAAGAAGGGCAGGAAAUGGUGGAUGUUGUUGAAACUGGAUUUGGAGAAAGCCUAUGACCGCAUAAGGUGGAACUUUCUGGAGGACACUCUUAAAGCUGCUAAUCUACCAGGUUCAUGGGUCAGGUGGAUUAUGGAAAGUGUUACUGAACCCUCAAUGACUCUAUUGUGGAAUGGUGAGCAGACUGAAGCCUUUAAGCCGGCCCGUGGUAUGCGUCAGGGGGACCCCUUAUCCUUGUAUCUCUUUGUACUUUGUAUGGAGAGGUUAUGUCAGUUGGUAGACAGGGCAGUCGGUGGAAAGGUGUGGAAACCAAUCAAGCUGUCCCGUGGAGUUCCUCACCUCUCGCAUAUAUGCUUUGCAGAUGAUCUUAUCCUCUUUGCGGAGGCGUCAGUAGCUCAUGUUCGAGUUAUAAGGAGAGUAUUGGAAUGGUUCUGUACAGCUUCAGGUCAGAAAGUUAGUCUUGAAAAGUCUAAGAUCUACUUUUCUGAUAAUGUCCAUCGGGAUUUGGAGAAGCUGAUCACGGAGGAGAGUGGAAUAAAGUCCACUCGGGACUUAGGCAAAUAUUUGGGUAUGCCUGUACUACAGAAACGAAUUAAUAAAGCAACGUUUGGGGAGAUAUUGGAAAGAGUUACGGCACGGCUAGCGGGAUGGAAGGGACGUACCUUGAGUCUAGCGGGUCGUCUGACGCUGACCAAGGCGGUUCUUUCUUCAAUCCCUGUUCAUUCCAUGAGCACCAUUGCUCUGCCAAAAGCGAUACUUGAUGGGUUGGACAAAAUUUCGCGAUCGUUUUUAUGGGGAAGUAGUACAGAAGAAAGGAAGCUGCAUCUGAUAGCCUGGGACAAGGUUUGUCGUCCUAAACAGGAGGGAGGCUUGGGGAUCCGUUCAUCGAGGGCAAUGAAUGCAGAGCUGUUGGCAAAAAUUGGUUGGAGGUUGCUUAGUGGUACUUGGUCCUCUACAUGGAGGAGUGUAAUACAAGGGAUCAUAGAGGUGUUAAUUCCCGGGUUGUCAUGGGUGAUUGGAGAUGGUAAACAAGUUCGUUUCUGGCCGUAUAAGUGGCUUCUGAAUACGCCACUACUCGAAGAGGUUUGUGUCCCUUUACCUGCGAGAUUCGAAAGGCUGAGAGUUUGUGACUUGUGGAUGAAUGGGAGGGGUUGGUUGCUAGAGGCGAUCACACCGUAUGUCAUGCCUGAUAUCGGGUUGCGCCUUGCAUCAGUGGUCUUGGAUACGGUAACAGGGGCUCAAGACAGGCUAUCCUGGAGUGCCACUGCAAAUGGCGAGUUUACUGUCAAAUCUGCUUAUGAGAUCCUCACACGCUGCACGCUACCAAGAACAAACUCGGGGAAACUGUUUGAUCAGGUUUGGAAGGUUGUUGCUCCAGAGCGAGUGAGAGUUUUUCUCUGGAUGGUUAUCCAUCAGAUCAUUAUGACUAAUAUGGAGCGAAAGAGAAGACACUUAGCGGAUGAGGGGGUCUGUCAAGUGUGUAAAGGCGGUGAAGAGAUAAUUAUUCAUGUUCUUCGUGACUGCCCAGCUAUAUCUGGGUUGUGGAACCGAAUUGUUCCCAGACGAAAGCUAAAUUCUUUCUUCGCAGGCUCCAUUCUGGAAUGGGUUUAUGCAAACCUGGGUGAGAGGUAUAUGGUUGGGGAGUGUGCCUGGCCAACCUUGUUUGUUAUGGUUAUAUGGUGGAGCUGGAAGUGGCGCUGCAGGAAUGUUUUUAGUGGGAGUGGUACGUGUAGAGACCGAGUGAAGUUUGUGAAAGAGGUGGCUCGAGAAGUCACCAAAGCGAAUGAUAGGUUGGGAGCUACCUGCAGAAAUGUCGUAAGGGUGGAGCGGGUAAUUACUUGGAUAUUACCGUGGGUUGGGUGGGUUAAGGUAAACACUGACGGUAGGACAUGA